GAGCAAACGCACGCUUAUCUCUAUCUGGCAUGAACACGAUGAUAGGCCCAGCUCCGUCUCCGGCAGCGGCCGCCGCCGCAGCCGUGUCGCCGUCGUGUUACGCGUCGCCGGCGGCUUCGUCCGUGCGAAGACGCGGCGUCGUCGGCGUCGUCCGGUGCGCGCCGGAUAGCGGGCGAGGUGGAGACGGCGGCGGCGGCGGCGGGAAAGGCAAGCUCAGGGUCGGGUCUCCCAUCGUCAUCGUGGAGGCACCGGUGAUGCUCAAGACCGCCGCGUCGGUGCCGUCGCUCAGGCACAACGCCGGCCAGGUCAAGGCCGGCGACGUCGGGAGGGUGAUGGCGCGGAAGCCGAAGGACGUCUGGGCCGUGCGGCUCGCCAUCGGAACCUACCUGUUGGACGGCAAGUAUUUCAAGACACUGGACGUCGACGACGACGAUACUGCAUCACCAGAUGAGUGAGCUGCAAAUGCAGCAGCAUUACAGCUACGGCAUAGCAUGCAAGAUUGUUUGUUAGACAGAGGCACAGCUGCAAUGUUGUAAAAGAUCCAGGAAUUCACAAUUUUUGUUGAGACUGAUGGGACCAUUGUUUCACACAUAACCCCUGGCGUGGUAGAUUGCACAGGAAAUCUGGUA